ACCCGCUUUCAUAUCAGCACCAGCUGUUGCCGUAAACAGACCGCGUAUUAUUAUUACACACGAAGCCAGAAAACACAACACUGUUCUAUUUUUGUUUACGAGUUUUCUUCUUUCUCUUGGGUGCCAACUACACUAUUGUAUGUAGCUGUUUCGGUGGUUGUUGUUGUUGUUGGUUGUUGCCGUUAAUACAGAGUCGUCACGGAGGUUGAUGGGGAUAGUGGUACUGACUUGUUUUCUUGGUCGAUCAGCCAAUAGUAUGCGCCAGAAGUUACGCGAGGAAACACUCGUUCUCAAGCCCGAAAGAGCAAAGCACCAGAAGUACUACUGUAGUCUGCAUUUCGUGCAUUCAGGAGGAAGUCCCCAGCAGAAGUUGAAUGUGUUACACUGUUGUUAUUGUAGCGCAGCCUUGUCGGAAGACGACGCGUAGUAGUCGAGAGUGUUCAGUGAUUCAGUGAAUGUGGAGCAAAACGUCAUCAUAAUCGUGGUGGUUUUUUUUUUUGGCAAAAACGGGAGCUGCGAAUUUGUUGUGCGUAGUUUGUGCUGAUGAUGAAUAUAAGAAAGUUUGUUUGCAAUUCUGCGUGGUGCCUCACAGAAACCGUUGCUUUCCUGUUUUAGUGGAAGAAGGGUAAAGUAGCAUUACCAGUGGAGUGUGCCAGAGAGCGAAGAGAGGCCAUACGGGUUGGUCUGUGGUAAACCACCAAUAAGACGAAAUAAGUAUAGAAGUAGUGAACCGUUAAGCCACUGUUGUGCCAAGUGUCGUUGUUGUUUUUUGUUUUACUUCUAUACGAGAAGCUUUGUGCAGAGAAAGUUUGGGAUAAUGGGAUUUGGAUUUUACUGCUGCUGAUGGGUUUCAAUUUCCUGUGCUGCGGAGGAGAUUUUUCAAUGCCAUAACAGAUCGAAUGAUAACACAAUUAUAAGCAGAAAAAAAAACACAAUAAUCAUCAGCUGACCAAUGUCAUCACCCUUGUAACGGAAUAAAAACAAAACAAACUUACCUAUUUUGUUGUCAUCAGUGGGGUAAAGCAAAAUCGAGAAAUUCGCCUUAGUAUCGAAAAUCGCUUACAGCCGAAACAGAAGUCACGUCACAUGAUUGUGAAACGCUUGUCGCUGUGAAAAAUAAGUAAACAAGCACAAAUCAUCAAAACAAGAUACAGUCGAUGUCAACGUAGUGGUUUUGGAUAGCAGCACCAUUCGAGUAAGCUCACGGAUUUGGUCGGAUAUAGUGCAACAGGCAGCAGCGGUCAGCAGCUGGGCCACGGAGACGAAUGCACAUAUCGUUGUUCAAUCUACUGUUCGAAGAAGCGGCCAACGAAGGGCACGCAAACGGGCAAUCAUCGUCGUCAUCAUCGUCAGGAAGUGGCAAUAUGGUGAAAACGUUCCAAGCCUAUCUACCGCCAGCAAACCGAACGUAUUCCUGUGUCCACUGCCGGGCACACCUAGCUAGCCACGAUGAGCUUAUAUCGAAAUCGUUCCAGGGAAGCCAGGGACGGGCGUAUCUGUUCAACUCGGUGGUCAACGUUGCUUGUGGCCAGGCCGAGGAACGCGUCCUGCUAACUGGCUUACACGCCGUAGCCGACAUUUACUGUGAAUGCUGCAAAACGCCUUUAGGAUGGAAAUAUGAACACGCUUUCGAAUCUAGCCAAAAAUACAAAGAAGGGAAGUACAUCAUAGAACUAGCUCACAUGAUCAAGGAAAACGGCUGGGAUUGAUCGCCGAGCCACUCCGAAAAAUGCGUAAAUUAGAUUAGUGAAUACUGAUAAAAAGCAAAAAUUCCGCAACCCCAUCAUAGCUUGGGAGGAAGCCGGAAUGAUGCCCUCGGAAUGGCAACUAUUCCGAAAACGCGCAUCUACUUUCCAAGUCAUAGUGUGUCCUAGUUCUGAAUUCUCUCUCCCCGUCAAACAGGCCAGAGGGUCAACCCAACCAACCGUGCGUAACUGUUUUGUCAUUUCCUAUCUGCGUUGUCCUAUAUAAUUAGUAGAUCUUUCUCUAACGUGUUCAUUUCACACACACACACAUACACUUCGUAUAUAAUGAUCGAAGCAUCGAACGGUGUCGUUAUCGCCGUGCAUUAGAUUGGGAUUAUUUUUAAUUGUCAAAAACAUUCUGGAGAUCCAUUCUUACUUUUACCUGCGAGAACCACGUACACAAUUAAACAAGAGAAAUAAAAUUUAGUUUAGAGGUCUUGCUCUUUCGAAUCCCUAGUAGCAGAGAAGAAAGGAGGAAACAUUUUAUUUUCCUAAGAUAGUGAGAAGAUUAACACUACUGUUAUUGAAUUAGUGAGGAAAACUACAAUUGAUAAGUGAGCAAGGAAGCAGAUUUUAAUGUAUGAGAAGAGACGUAGUGAGGAGGCAGGAGUAGUAGAGGAAGAUGUGUAGAAGCAGAAGGAAGGUACGCGAGAGAGAAAAUGCGAGAGUGAUAUUAGUUUUACGAAUGUUUCAAGUGAGAUAACAUUUAUAAUGAAUCGUAUUUUAGUCGAAAUAUACACGUCUAAAAAUCUAGCUUUAGUUCUACGAAAGGAAGCAAAACUGAAAGGAAGUCGAAGGAGAAGACAAACACUUAUGGUUUUAUAAAUCACAAGUUUAGAUAAAUGCAAUGGAACGAAUGCAAGAAAAUAACACAGCUAUUGUAACGCCUGUCGCCGAGCAGUACUGUUACUUUCAGUUUCAGUUUUUUCUUUUUGGAUAGCGAAUGUGAUCAAUACAUAUAUAAUAUUACAAUUAUAGUGUAUUUUUUUUAAUAAAACAAAAUAUUUUUACUCUA